UUCUGCAACUUUUCUCAAGGUGAUUUUUUACUAAUAGACACCAGUCAUUGUCAGGGUGGAUCAUGGGAUGCGGUAAGAGGUGAACUUUACCACUGAGCUGCCAUACAGAUUUUAAUCACCAUGCCUGGCCCAUAUUUUAUGGUCAAAGUCUACAGUGAGUGCAUACCUGCCCGACUGUUUACCUCCACCUCCAGCACUCCUCUGCCUCUGCAGGCGAAACCCGUUGAGCGUCUUUCAGGCUGUUCUAGGUGUGGCCUUCUUGUUUGCUCUCUCUCGUCUCCCCUCCCCCACUCAGUCCCAUCCCAUCCCUUCAGCCAGCACAACUCACCUGAAAGGAUUUGCAUACUCGCCGCUGAUUGGCCAGGUGCAGUCACUCUGCCUCGGGCCUCCUCUACCAAUGGCGACAGUGUUGCGUGACUCAUAGGGAGAGGACUAGUUGCUUCACUACACUUCUCCUUUUUCUGUUUCAAGCAGUAACCAUCGCAUUGUCUUUCUUUUUUUUUCCCUCCACCCCCCCAUUUUUUUUCUUCCUCUCUUCAGUUUUGUUUUGUCAUUGACAGACGCAGGUGUGGGUUUGGCCAUUCCACGUCUCUAACAGGCAGUUCUCGUCAUCUCAACACAUCUCGGAUUAUUCCCCCGUUUCACCUUUUGUCGCCUCUGUCUGCUUGCUGAGAUCGACACUUGUUCGGUCGCUAUAAUGGAUCUUAUCACCCAAACUCUGUGCCUUUGAGGUGUAGGUGCUCCAGCGGGGCCCAGCCUCUGCAUUUGAGGGAGACGAGGCCACUCCCACCCAGGCCGCAGGACCCCUUUAAAACUGGUGGUCUCGUAGGACGUCUCCGCGUCGAGAUCAGGACGAGAGCCGGGGCGGUUUUUCGGACGCAAAGCGGAGACCCAGUGGGCCCAUUUCGCCCUGCUCUCUGCCCUCCACUGCCAUGACGACUGCAGUACAGCCCAGUGAACUGGUGUUUGAGUUUGCCAGCAACGGGAUGGACGAGAUCAAUCAGCUGGACGACCCGUCAGUGUUCCCAGCCGUGAUCGUGGAGCAGGUGCCAACAGCAGAUCUGCUGCAGGUCUACUCAGGCCUGGAGUCUGACGAGGUGACCAAUGGAAUCAUGGUGGACACCACGCUCCACGUGGUGGAGGAACCUUCCAUCUUGACAGGAGGCGUGGAUCUCACAGAAACAACCGUCUCCGGAGCAGAGGACAGCAUGGAAACAAACGAAGCCGCUGCAGCUCUUCUCAACAUGGAGUCUCCAAACAACAUUUUGGAUGAAAAGCGAAUGAUCCACACCUACAGCACUCUUCUGGAGUCCGAGCUGACUUACACCCCACUGAGGCCGGACCAGAUGGACAACGUUGCCCUUGACGUGUCAUUAGACGAGGACACCUCAUCCAUGGACGACAAUCCUCAAAAGUUUUCGCUGAAACCUCAGAAAAAAACCAAAGUGCGAAAGCCGCGGGCGGUGCGUCCCUGCUCCCCCAUCACCACCCCUAACCUGCCUCUCAGGAAAAAGAGCAAAGAGGGGAAAGGGAACACCAUCUACCUGUGGGAAUUCCUGCUGGCUCUGCUGCAGGACAAAAACACCUGUCCCAAAUACAUCAAAUGGACGCAGAGAGAGAAAGGCAUCUUCAAGCUGGUGGACUCCAAAGCUGUUUCAAAGCUGUGGGGCAAGCACAAGAACAAGCCCGACAUGAACUAUGAGACCAUGGGGAGAGCUCUCAGGUAUUAUUAUCAGCGAGGCAUCCUGGCUAAAGUGGAGGGACAGCGCCUGGUUUACCAGUUUAAGGAGAUGCCGGCCGACCUGGUGGUGAUCGAGGACGAGGACGCGGGCUCUGACGCCAACUCUGCCUACGGGAACCAGAGAGCCUCCAACGGCCGAUCCGUGGUCCGGGGAGGGUCCAAAGCCCAGGCUAGAGCUCAAGGAAACAACCAAGUGACAGUGAGAGCCAUGAAGAAAGAGCCCAACGAUGAAUGUUUGUACCACGAAGCCGGCGGCGGACAGGCCGAGCAGCUCCUCCAGUCGGUUCAUAUACUGCAGGACGGGCACGGAGUCCAAGACUCGGCGUCAGUCAUGAGGACCAUCAGCACUCCUGCAUCCGUCCCCAUGGUGCUGACAUCUUCCGGCUCUCUGGAGUCCGUUCCGCUCACCACAGUUCUUGCCAACGGGGACUCCAGCGACUCCUCCUCUCCGCGGGUCAUUCUCCACACCGUCCCCUCCACAGCAGCAGGUGGGAAAGAUGUGCUCACCAUCCAGGCGGCGUCUCUGGCAGGCGGGGUCAACAGCCUGCAGGACGGCCUCCCACAGCAACUUCUGUUCACCAGUUUGGGCACCGCCAUCUCCUCCGCCUCCUCCUGCACUUCCCCGCCGGGAGUCAUUAGUUCCGCCGCGUCCAACCUCAACAGCGUCGCCCGCCUCGUCACCAUCAACACCACCAACGGGCAGACCAUGGUGGCGCAGCAGCCGGGGACCGUCAUUGCCACUGUGCUGAAAUCCAGCGACCUCUCUGGGCUGCAGGUCAAAGAGGAGAUGCUGGACCCUAGUUACUUUCAGUCCAUGGUGAACGGCGAUCCGUCUCUGGCCGUGCACACGUUUGACAAAGAAGAAAUGGAGAUGGGCGAGGCGGAGCUUCACUAUAGAACUGUGAUCAUCGAUUCGAGUCAGAGCCAGGGGGCCGCGAGUGGGACUGUAGUUAACGGACAUUCCUCCCAAAGAAGCAGCCCCAGCGUGGGCCUGACCCCUGUGGAGGAGCUGGAGGUGCGCGGGGAGAUGUCCCUGCAGCCGGAGCAGGGAAUCAAAAGCCUACCGGAGCUGCCAGUGUCCGUUCAAUUGCCUGCAAACUUUAUCCAGAUAAAAACAGAGCCCGCCGAGGCUUAGACUCUUUAUCACAAGCCCAACCAAAAGGAAGCAGCUGCUGGGUCCAUUUCCAACUUUCAUUUUUGUCUCCAAUCACCUUCUAAAAUAUCAGAAGUGAGGGAUCAUGCAGCUCCGAGAGUCCGUCAGCUCACUCACAAUUGAAUGUUUACUCACAAACACUGUGACCACGUGCCUAAUUUUAAGAAAUCAAAAGAACUAUAGGUUAGUUUUGUAAGACUUCUGUUUUUUGGUUAGUUGUAAAAAUGAAUCCAAAAAGACAAAAAAAAGCACCGUCAAAAAGAAAGAAACCCUGCCUCCCAUGUGCCACUUCCUUCAUUUGACUUUACUUUCUGCUUCAAGAGGAGAAGGCAAACCCAAAACAGUGACUAAAUGCCAAACAACGAAACGGUUUCGCCGCACAGGUUCCUGCGCUUCGGGACGGACAGACAGACGGACGGCUUCCUGUCUGCUAUAAAAAACGCUCACAUUUCUCAAUCGACGAGUGCCUUACAGGAAGUUUGACAAGAAAGAACGCAAAAAGCCUUUGUUUGAUACUCAAGAACUUCGUAUGCAUUUAUUUUGAUAUAAACACAGCAGGUUUACUGUCUAUUAGCCCCAGCCUUAAAACACUGCGUUGCCCUGGAAACGGUCAUAUUGUUUGAUCCAAGGACAGCGCAGCAUCAGAACUGUUUAUAUGCAGACUGCAGGCACAUUAAGAGAUGGAGUGGAAACGAUGGGGAAAAAAAUUGAUCAACUUCUGCUUUAAAAGGCUCAGAGGUUUAAAUCCUGUUUAUACGACAUAUAGAAUAUAUCUAUAAAUGUAUGGAAAAAAAAUAUGUGUAUGUAAACAUAUAAUAUGCAACUGAGAUUGAAUUUUGAGGCCACAAGAAAUGUAUUUAUUUUAUGAAUUCCUAAAUUCUGUACAAAGCGGCACAUUUUUUUUUAUUUUAUUGAGGAAAAUCACAGAAAAUAUGAACCAGGAAGCGUUGUUCUUUUUUAUGUAAAGCCUCCUUCUUUCACAUGUAUAGCCCUCUAUGUAAUCACCCUUCACAUCUCUUAAAUUUUGAACUUAUUAUUCUUUAGUUAUAUUUUCCUGUACAUAUCAUCUGAUUAAAAAUGCCACUGAAUGUGCUUUCUGUUCCCAGUGGACAUACCUCCCUGAUUUAUCUGGCAUGGCUGCACAUUAAAAGAUGCAUUUUUUUAUAUUUAAAAAAAGAUUCAGUCCGUACUGUAUGUCUUUGGUAUGUCAUCUUUAGUUUUUUCAUUUACAGAGCACAAAAAACCCAAAACCUGCUGAGUUUUUAUUAAAAAAAAAAAGAAAAAAAAAAGAAACCCUUCCUCCUCUGCUGUACCUGUCUCACCUCUCCUCCUCGUCUGUUCUGGUUGACUUUCUUUAUCUGCUGUCCCACUUGGUUAAAAAGCUCUUAGGCCAACCGUCCGAUUGGCUCCCUGAUCCUGUGGCGUGUGAAGCCGUAUUGAUCCUAAGCGGUAUCAGGGCUAAAUUGGUUGUACUUUCCAUCCAGACGGCAGCAGCAGAGGGAGGACGCUCAGACGAACUGACCUCCAUCCGCUCAGAAGUUAAACGCUUCUUCACCAACUUAAACAUCUGCAGGUUCCCCAAAUCCAUGCUUGUUCUUCACCAAAGUCUUGACAAUCAAUAAACAGUCGGAGUUUACUGUUGUUUUUAUGAAAAGCUGUAUAUAUAUUCCAGAAGAAUCGUCUGUGAAAUGCUGGGGAGGUGUGUCCACUGCCUGUGUUUCGCUUCUUUUGUGUUGGGUUCUUUUAUGUUGAAUUUAGAAUAGAUUUUUAAGAAAAAUAAGUCGAUAUAAUUAAAAAAAAAACAACAACAACAAAUUUUCUCUGUUUUCACUGUUUUUAAAAAUGUAUUUAUUUUGUCUUGUUGCAAGUGUGAGGCAGAUAAAAUGUUACGCAGAGAGAUUCCUUCUGACAAUUCCAACAGAAGAAAAAAAAACAAAUUAAAUUAAACCUGGAAACAAAUACCAAGUCCAUUAAUCUGUAUUUUAUUUUGCUGUCAAGAUAAUGUAACAAUUUCUGGAUUGUUAAAAAAAAAAGCUGCAGCGUUGUCAGGCAGCUGCAGCUCUGGGGGAUAUUUGAUCGCAUGCCAUUUUGAGUGGAAAGUCAAAUCUGCUGCGGGAAACUGGAUUGGAGCCAUUAGCAGUCCACAGACUGAUUGGACUGUACUUAAGAGCACUGCUCCUCCAGUCGCUGUGGGUGGAUGAAUACAUUAGUAUGUGACAUGCCCAGAGCUGAAGACAGCCGUGUCUGUCACCACGCUGAAAUGAGAGCGAGUGUUUAGGCUGCUGCGGGUGUGAGAACGGCUGCGACUCACUUGGACUGAUUGUUUCAGUUUCAGAAGAAGUGACCGUGUAUGUGUGGUGGCUUCUGAUUUUUUGGGUGUUUAAGUAGCUUGCUGGCAACACGUCGGUCUGUGUUUUCCACCUACAUGCACAGCUGUGUGCUGCACAAUUCCGCCCUGUCCUGAAGUUCACAUGCAGAAAAUCAAGUUUGGACCCGACCACCAGCAGGAGAGAAGAAAACAUAACAAACACGUCUCCCCAUUACAGUCAAACAGACACUUUGCUUUUCUGCUGAGUGGUUCAUCGAUCUCUUGCCACAUGGUAAACAGAGGUUUAAUGGAUUACUAAAAUAAUGAAAGGCUACCAGCAUCUGUUCUGUCUGUUUGGUUCCUUUGGUUGGUGAGUCAAAGACCCUGGAGAUGCAGCCAGAGCUGGGUCCUCGGAGAGGAGGACUAUUUCUGUGACGCCCGCAGCCACUGACACAGCGCGAGUGUUUACUGCUGUGCCAUACUGCCUCUCACAGUGGGAGAGGUUGAAGGAUGACGACUGACAUUAUUGUGCCUCCAGCUUGUGGCAGGAAGAGAACAGGGAGAGCAGGGAGAGCUUAUUUAACCAUCGGGUCACCAGACUGACGGCGUCUUUGCAAAGACUGCAUUCUCCUGGCUGCAUCCACAAGGAAAAAUGUACAUUUAUGAAAACUGUGCAGUGAUUCUUUUGUAGAAACUUAAAGAGAUCUAAAACAUGAGUAAAAUGGCUAAAAUACCAACAUUUAGUUUGUUCUGACUUACCAGCAGUACACCCUCCCCACCACUAGAUGGCAGUGGUGACACAUGCCCUGUGCGGUGGUGUUAAAUCCAGCUUGAAGACGAGUCUUCCUUCAGGUCACUAAUCUAAAUACAGACACUCCUCAUACAUUGGUUUUUCUCUCUCCUCUGCCCCAGAAUAGUAACUCACACAUCCAAACAAACGAGGGAUUAUUUGAAAUGAAAAUAAGCAGCUGCGAGUGAAGCUCUCUUGCAUUUCUGAUGAGCAACAGCAUUAAAAAAAUAAAUAAUAAUAAAUAAAAUACAUUCAUUUAUGAGCUUCAGAGAAAAGUGGCCAUUCCUCAGGCCAGGUAGAGAAACUCCUUUGAACUGCCAUGACCCUGUAAACGCUGGGUAUCUGUGUUUAUCCUGCACAGCAGUCGAUUUGGUUCCCCCCCACCCAUAAAAAAA